UUAUAAACACUAUAAAGCGAACCAAAUAACCAUGGCCAUGACCUGGUAUACGACCUGUUUCUUCGCCUUUCUGGCCUUAUCCAACGCCCAAAUGACUCGCGAGCAGUUAAGGUCUACGAUACUUGCGAUUGACCCUGUGUUCGCACACAGACGCGAGGAUCCGAUGAUGGUAUCUCAAAACACAAAUAUCUUCCUCCCAACAGACGCGGCCGCGGUGGCAUCGGGGGCGGAAAUUUUAGAUUCAACAUUCGUUGGGACGGUUGAGGCGAGCGUCCAAGCAGAUACGCCGGUUACUCAGCCUGCUAAAGGACCCAAGCCGAACACAAUAACAAAAACAAUACCAUCUCCGUCAACUCCGAAACCAACGACAACCACCUUAACUCCUGAUCCAAUGCAUAAAAACAAAGCCAUACACGAAGUCAAGAAGCCAAUUCCUGCCGAAAAAAUAACUGACGUUGAUAUGGCAGAAGCCAGUCGAAACCAUUGUUCGUUCAAGAUUCCAUACCCCGACCCAUCCAGGCCCCAGCCAUCCGAACAGUGCCCCACCAACUUAUUUAUUGGCCCCGACAUGAGCCUCGGCCGUCUCACCUUCAUUAUGAAGAGAAGUACAAACGAACCCCUUUCCCCGAGUUUUCUCAACCGUGUCCGGAACAGGAUUACCCAGAGUGAUUUCGACAAAAAAUGUCUACUUCCGGCAUUGCACGCGCAAACUCUUGGCGAGGAAGCGUGCAGAUCGAACGAACUUACAGCUUAUUUGCAGUGGCUCAUGUAUCUUCGACACCAGUUGGACCAAGCGUAACACAGACUUGACAUCAUUGAGGCAGUUGUGACUUUCUCAAGCAAUUAUUUGUAUUGACAAGUUACACAAACGAUAUAUAUAUAUGUAUUUAAAGAUGCACUCUUUAAUACUCCCAAAUAAGAUUCACCACAAUUAAUAAUAUUGUUUUAAUAUGCUAAAAGGAUGAAUAAAUGUCGAAAUCAA